AACGAAAUAAAUAAAAAAUAUUAACAACAAAAGAAAAAAGUUUUUUUUAACAAGAAUUUGUGUGGAAAAAUUAAAGAAAAUACAAAUUAAAGAAAAAUACCUUAAAAAGUAAAAAAAAUUAACGAACGAACCCAAAACGAAAACAACUUUCUUUCACAAAUUAUUACAACAAGAAAAAGAAGAGAAAAAUCCAACAACAACAAAUCAACAAGAUAAUUGGAAUAUACCUACCAACCAACAACAACUCUUUGAACUUUGUGAAAAUAACAACAAAAUUAAGCAUUUAUUUUACUACAUUCUGAAAAAAAGAACACAACAACAACCACAUCUAAACAACAUCUUGAAAACGACUAAAAUAUUAUUUAAAAUCUACAACAUUUUUACUACAUGAACUGCACCGAAAUACCAGAAUAAAACAUUUAUAAUCAUAAAUUUAAUUUAAUAAAAUUGCAAAAUUUUUAAUUGUAUUAACAACUUGAAGGAGUAUUAAACAGUAAAAGUAAUCAAAAUGCCGGCGGAAACUAAAACAGCAGCCGCCGCAGAAACGGAAACCCCCACAAAGGGUAAAAAGUCACCUGCCAAUAACUCUAAGGCGGCUUUGGCUCGUAUUACCUUAUUGGAUGGUUCCAUUUUGGAUGUAACCAUUGAUCGCAAAGCCAAGGGCCGUGAUUUACUAAAUUCCAUUUGUGCUGGUCUUAAUAUCUUGGAGAAAGACUAUUUUGGUCUUACCUAUGAAACACCCACAGAUCCUCGAAAUUGGUUGGAUUUGGAUAAACCAGUUUCAAAAUUUUUCCGUACCGAUCCCUGGACUUUGAAUUUUGCCGUGAAGUUCUAUCCUCCUGAGCCAUCUCAAUUGCAAGAGGACAUUACCCGUUAUCAUUUGUGUCUACAAGUACGCAAUGAUAUUUUAGAGGGACGUCUACCCUGUACUUUCGUUACUCAUGCUUUGUUGGGCUCGUAUUUGGUGCAAUCUGAAAUGGGCGAUUAUGAUCCCAAGGAUAUGCCGAAUCGUAAUUAUUUGAAAGAUUUCAAAAUUGCUCCCAAUCAGAGUACCGAAUUAGAGGAUAAAGUUAUGGAUUUACAUAAGACACACAAGGGUCAAUCACCAGCUGAAGCUGAAUUACAUUAUUUGGAAAAUGCCAAGAAAUUGGCCAUGUAUGGUGUAGAUUUACAUCCAGCUAAGGAUUCCGAAGGCGUAGACAUCAUGUUGGGCGUUUGUGCCUCCGGUUUAUUGGUGUACAGAGACAAAUUACGCAUCAAUCGCUUUGCUUGGCCCAAAAUUUUGAAAAUCUCCUAUAAACGUCAUCAUUUCUAUAUUAAAAUACGUCCCGGUGAGUUUGAACAGCAUGAGGUUACCAUUGGCUUUAAGUUGGCCAAUCAUAGAUCAGCGAAAAAGCUAUGGAAAUCAUGUGUAGAGCAUCAUACCUUCUUCCGUUUGAUGACACCAGAACCACCAAACAAAUCUACACUGUUUCCACGUUUUGGUUCCAAAUAUCGUUACUCGGGACGUACCAUGUAUGAGAGUCGCAAGAAUCCGGUAGAUCGUGAGGCUCCUAAAUUCGAUAGAAGUUUGUCUGGCAGACGUUUGACCUCUAGGUCUAUGGAUGCUUUGGCUUUGGCCGAAAAAGAAAAGGAUUCACAGAAACGUCAUACCAUGGGUCAUCCUCCUGAGCAUAUACCCGAUUUGGAUUCACCACGCAGCCGCAGUCCUUUGAAAAAGGAUAAAAAGGAUAAGUUGAUACGUGAAUCUAGCACUGGUACUGCUUCGGCUUCUUCGCAGAGUUCCCUCGAAGGUGAUUACGAGACUAAUACCGGUGCUGCGGCCGAUGCUGCCUCUGCAGCAGCCGCCUUUAUGGGCCCUGAUGAUCAGGCUGAAAAGGAUAAGAAACAAAAGGAAAAGGAGGAGAAGGAACGCAAAGAAAAGGAAAAGAAAGAAAAGGAGAAGAAAGAGAAAGAAGCCAAGGAAAAGGCUGCUAAGGAUAAGGCUGCUGGUGGCAUGAAUGGUAACGACGAUUUGAAUGAUUCGCAAAAAUCGGAUAAAUCUGGCAGACGUGGUGUUGGUUUAUUCUCUUCGGGUCGCAAGAGCAAGAGUGGUUCACCAUCUAAGGAUGCUAAGGAUAAGAAAAAAUCUGACAGACCUAAUGAACUCGAAUUAGUGGCGGCUGAUACUGGUGAUCACAAUAAUGCCAGUGCUCCCGGUCACACUAAACCCUACGAGUAUACAGAUGCUGAUGGUGACACUAGUCCCACACGCAAAUCUUACAUUCCCGGUGGUUUCCGUUAUGAUCAAGAUCCCGAUGGCAGCAAGCGUGGCCAUGAUGGUCAAGAACAAUUGUCGCCUGGUUCUCAACAAAAGAAAAUUGGUUUAGCGUUUAAUUAUGCUCCCGGCAAUGAAGAGGAUUUGAAGAAACAAGCCGAAAAACUUAAAUCGGGUCAACUGUCACCACGUACACGUGAUAAACUCAACAAGGGUCAAUUAUCGCCCAGGACAAAGGCGAAAUUAUUAAAGGAAGCCAAUCUUUCGCCCGCCACCAAAGCCAAGUUGCAAGGCAGUGCUGUUGAUGCUGCUGCCAUUCCUUUAAGUGAUGCCCAAAAGAGAUCUUAUUCUCCCUCUAAGAGUCCCACCCAAGGUUAUGCUUCUGGUGCUCCCGGCAGCUAUAAACCUUUAGUGGAUCCUACAACAGCAUUUUUGGAUUCUGAAAGAUAUAAGCCCGCCUAUACUGGUUUGGUAAAACCUAAAAAUCAAGUUAAAGUUAUGGUCAUUACCGGUAAAAUUGAUCCCAAGACUAAGAAAAUCGAUGCUGAAAAUGGUUUUGUUGAACACUCGGCUGGCACUUUGGAUCCAGCUAGUGGACAUAUUGAUACCAAAUAUGGUUUGAUUGAUCCCAAAAAGGGUACAUUGACUGUGACAAAUUCCAACACGGGCAAGAAGGAAACACACAAGGGUGAUAUUGAUCCUCAAACUGGCAAUAUACAUUUGUUGCAUUGUGUUGUGGAUCCCAGAACUGGCAUGGCCGAUAAUAGUUUGGGACAAAUUAUUGCCUUUGCUCCUCAAGUGGUUAAGAUUACCGCCAUAACCUCUAAAUACGAUCCUCAAACACGUAACAUUGAUGUUGAAAAUGGUUUUGUUGAUCAUUCAACCGGCACCUUGGAUCCUGCUACUGGUUUAAUUGAUUCCAAAUAUGGUUUAAUUGAUCCCAAGAAGGGUACUUUGGUGGCGGUUAAUCCUAAGACCGGCAAAAAGGAAACACAUCAAGGUGAGGUAGACUCCCAAACUGGCAAUAUUCAUUUGUUAAGUGGUGUUGUUGAUCCUAAAACCGGUCAGGUCGAUAAUACUUUGGGUCAAAUUUUAGCCAUUACACCUUUGGAAGAUUCACCCAAAAAGGUUAAUGUUAAGCUUACCGUCACCACAGCCAAAUUUGAUCCUAAAUCGAAGAAAAUUGAUGCUGCCCAUGGUAAAGUGGAUCAUUCUACUGGCAGCUUAGAUCCUGCUACAGGUUUGAUAGACUCGAAAUAUGGUUUGAUUGAUCCCAAGAAAGCUACUUUGGUUGCUUUGAAUCCCAAGAAUGGUAAAAAGGAAACCUAUCAAGGUGAAAUUGAUCCUUUGACGGGUGAUAUUCAUUUGAUUAAUGGAGUGGCUGAUCCCAAAACCGGACGCUUGGACAAUUCUUUGGGACAAAUUAUUGCCGUUUCGCCCAGUGGUGAACCGGUUAAGGUUACUGUCAUUACUUCCCGCAUUGAUCCCAGAACUAAUACCAUCGAUGCUGAUCAUGGUUCUGUAGAUCAAUCUACUGGUACCUACGAUCCUUCUACCGGAGUAGUGGAUUCCAAAUAUGGUUUGCUUGAUUUUAAGAACGGCACCGUUUCAACUCUCAAUCCUUUGACCGGCAAACAGGAAACAUAUCAAGGAGAAUAUGAUCCCAGAACUGGUCAUAUUAAUCUAUUGAAUGGUGUCACCGAUCCCAAGACUGGUCGUGUAGAUAACUCCUUGGGUCAAAUAUUUGCCUUUGCUCCUUUGAAUGAUCCCAAAAAGAAACGUGUUAAGAUUUCGGUCAUUACCUCGAAAUUCGAUCCCACAACUAAGAGAAUUGAUGCCGAAAAUGGUUCUAUGGAUCUUACCACUGGCGUCUAUGAUCCUGCUACCGGUCUGGUAGAAUCUAAAUAUGGCAUGAUUGAUCCCACUAAGGGCACCUUGGUGGCUGUUAAUCCCAAAACUGGUAAAAUGGAAUUGUAUCAAGGUGAUAUUGAUCCUGUAAAUGGUAAUAUUCAUUUGGUGAAUGGUGUCACCGAUCCCAGAACUGGACGUUUCGACAAUAGUUUGGGUCAAAUAAUCGCCGUAACACCUUUGGAUGAUUCAGAUGUUCCAGUAGCUGGUCCCAGAAAGAAGAAUGUUAAAAUAACUAUUGUAACCUCUAAAAUUGAUCCCAAAACUAAGCGUGUGGAUGUGGAAAAUGGUUCUGUAGAUCAAACCACUGGCACUUUAGAUCCUCUAACUGGACUUGUUGAUACUAAAUUCGGUCUUAUUGAUCCUAAAAAGGGUACUCUAUUGACUGUUAAUCCCAAGACUGGCAAGAAGGAAACCGUUCAAGGCAAUGUUGAUCCUAAGACAGGUUACUUACAUUUAUUGCAUGGUGUUAUGGAUCCUAGAACAGGUCGUUUGGACAAUUCAUUGGGACAAGUUAUUGCAGUAUCGCCCCAAGAGGAAGCUGUUAAGCUUACCGUUGUUACUGCCCAUGUUGAUCCCAAGACCAAGAGAAUUGAUACCGAUAGAGGUACUGUGGACAACUCUACGGGUGUAUUUGAUCCUGCUACUGGAAUGGUAGAUACUAAAUAUGGUUUAAUUGAUCCCAAAAAUGGUACAUUAUUGGCUUUGAAUCCACAAACUGGCAAGAAAGAAGUUCACCAUGGUGUCGUAGAUCACGCCACUGGCAACAUUAAUUUCUUAAAUGGUGCCACUGAUCCUAAGACUGGCCGUUUUGACAAAUCUUUGGGACAAGUUAUGGCUAUUAGCACUCAGGAUGAUCCCAAGAAAAAACGUGUCAAGAUCACUAUCAUCACUUCAAAAAUGGAUCCCAAGUCUAAGAAAAUUGAUGCCGAUAAUGGUACCUUGGAUAUUACUACUGGUAUAUUGGAUCCCGCCACUGGCCUAGUUGAUACUAAAUAUGGUUUGAUAGAUCCUAAAAAGGGUACAUUGGUGGCUUUCAACCCCAGCACUGGUAAACAUGAAAGUGUUAAUGGCAAUGUUGAUCCCAAGACCGGACACAUACAUUUGGUAAGCGGUGUAGUUGAUCCCAAGACUGGUCGUACUGAUGGUUCUUUGGGUCAAAUCAUUACUGUUACUCCUCAAGAUGAAGAUGUCUUAGAAGUGGCUGCUGGUAAGGCAGUUUCAUCCACUGAUUCUACACCCACUAAAGAAGGUCGUUCAUCGACCGCCUCUCCUCAAUCUGUGGGCAAAUCUUCUAUUCCUCCUCCCACACCCACUAGAACAGCUGCUUCCGGAGUUGGUGGUGCCGCCUCAGCUGCUGGUAAACCCAAGAAGAAACGCGUUAAGAUCAUGGUUAUCACCUCUAGAUUUGAUCCCGCCACAAAGAGAAUUGAUACCGAAAAUGGUCAAGUUGAACAUUCCACUGGCAUUUUAGAUCCUGCUACUGGCCUUAUUGAUACUAAAUAUGGUUUGAUUGAUCCCAAGAAGGGUACUCUUGUUGCCUUGAAUACCAAGACUGGUAAUAAUGAAACCUAUCAUGGUGAAGUUGAUCCCAAGACUGGACAUAUACAAUUGGUUACCGGUGUUACUGAUCCCGCUACUGGACGUGUGGAUGAGUCGUUGGGUCUUGUUAUGGCUAUUACUCCUCAAGAUGAUCCUGUUGUAGAAUUGACUGUGAUCAGCAGCCGCAUUGAUCCUGCCACUGGCAAAAUCGACACAGUUAAUGGUGAUGUUGAAAGAUCAUUGGGUGUUUUGAAUAUGGACUCUGGCUUGUUGGAUACCAAAUAUGGUGAAAUCAAUAUCAGAACUGGCGAACUUAAAUCUAUUGAUCCCAAGAGCGGUAAAAUUGUUGUAACCAAGAAUGUCAAGGUUGAUCCAGCUACUGGACAACUUACCAUUAUGGGUGUAAUUGAUCCCAAGACAGGCAAAGUAGAUCCCAACCAAGGACGUCUUAUUGAAGUGGGCCAACAGAUUGAUCCUAUUGUAGAGGUUACCUCAUUGGCUGGUAAAUAUGACUCUAAAAAGAACAUCAUCGAUCCUAAGACCGCUCAAGUGGAAACCUCUGGUGGUCAAUUUGAUCCUAGAGCUGGCAAGAUUGAUACCAAAUAUGGUCAAAUUGAUUUAGUUAAACACACCAUUACCUUUACCGAUCCCAAGUCAGGCAAAUCCGUGACACGUGACAUCAAAAUCGAUCCUGCCACUGGACAAAUUGUACUCAAGAAUCAAAUUAAUCCUAAAAAUAAUAAACCAGACAAAGACUAUGCCCGCAUUAUAUCUUUGCGUAUUGUGCAGCAACGUGUCGAUCCCAAGACAAAGGCACCUAUUAGCCAAGUCAGCUCUGCUAAGGAUAAGGAAAUUGUUAUCGAUCCCAAAUCCAAUCAAAUUUGGAUGCCUACCGGUGCUGUUGACCCCGCUACCAAGGAACAACAAUACAUAUCUAGUGCUGUUGAUCCUAAGACUGGUUAUGUCAUCACCAUCUAUGGUUAUCUCAAUCCCAAGACCAAUGAAAUAAAAAAACAAACCAAACUUGAUCCCAAUACCACUAAGAUUGAACCUUCUUCCGGUAAGAUUUACACAGCUACUGGCGAUUUAGAUGCCGCCACCGGUGAACCACUCUAUGCUACCACACAAGUUGAUAAUGAAUCUGGUGAAGUUUACACGAAAUUGGCACGCGUUGAUCCUAAGACAGGCAAACUGAUUAUUGUCAGAAUCUUGCUUAUCUCUAAGGUCGACGAAAGAGGCCGUCCCGAAGAAGUCGAUCCACAAACAUGCGAAAUCGAUCCUGUUUCGGGUCGUGUCUUGAAAUUCUUUAAUAAAACCGUUUAUGUAUACAAUAUGAUUGAUCCCAUUACCGGUGAAAUUGUACAGGUGGACCCCAACGAUCCGCGCUUUGCUGGUGCCCGCACUACCGUUACCCAUACUAUGACCUUGACGGGAGAAAUUGAUCCCGUUACCGGACGCAUUAAGAGCGAAUAUGGUGAUAUUGAUCCCAAUACUGGUGACAUUGAUCCUGCCACCGCUAUUAAGGAUCCCGUUACUGGAAAAUUGAUCUUGAAUUAUGCCCAAAUCGAUCCAUCACACUUUGGCAAACAAGCCCAAGUUAGCACUACUACCGAAACUGUACCUAUAACUAGACAACAAUUCUUCGAUGGUGUUAAACACAUGGGCAAGAAUGCAUUAAGACGUGAUUCCGAGGCUAGUUCUGAAGAUGAUAUGACACAUGAAUACGAAACGGAAAAUGUUAAGGAAAUGGUUAUGGGCAGUCCGAAGAAGAGUGCCACACAAAAUAUGAGCACAUUUGUGGGUACACCCACGGUGGUGAAGACAACAACCAAACAAGUAUUGACCAAGAACGAUGAUGGCGUAACACAUAAUGUCGAGGAAGAAGUACGCAAUUUGGGUACCGGUGAGGUGACCUAUUCUACACAGGAACACAAGGCUGAUGCUCCAGCCGUCGAUUUGAGCAGUGGUGCUUAUGUUACUGCCACCGCAGUAACAACACGUACAGCUACCACACACGAAGAUUUGGGUAAAAAAGCCAAAACCGAACAAUUGGAAGAGAAAACCGUGGCCACAACACGUACCCAUGAUCCCAAUAAACAAGAGCAACGUGUUGUGACCCAAGAAGUUAAGACCACAGCAACGGUAACCAGUGGAGAUCAGUUCCAAAGACGUGACAGUAUUUCCUCCACAAGUUCUGGAGAUUCUGGUACACCCAUCGAUGGUCCUUAUGAUGGAUCCACUGCUAUAUAUAAUACCACCUCAUAUAAGGAAUCUCCUUUGUAUCAAACAUCUGCCUCUACAUCAGCUACCACCACCGGUCCUCGUAUUGAACAAACCCGCGUUAUUUUAGGUGAAAAUUCACCCGGCUAUACGGCCGAAGGUGAAAUUGUUUCCAGCCAAACCGUUAGCAGCAAAACACGUACAGUCGAAACCAUUACCUACAAAACCGAACGUGAUGGCAUUGUUGAAACCCGUGUAGAACAAAAGAUUACCAUACAAUCUGAUGGAGAUCCAAUUGAUCAUGAUCGGGCUUUAGCUGAGGCAAUACAGGAAGCAACAGCUAUGAAUCCAGACAUGACAGUGGAAAAGAUUGAAAUACAACAACAAACCCAAUAAAUCAUCUGAAUAAGGGAUUUGAAAAUCAUUAAUUUUUUCAUAAAAUUUUUUUGGUAAAGAAAUUCUAAACGAGCACAGAAUGCACAGUAAAAUAAUAAUUAAGAAAAA